AUGAUUACAUGGCAGAUAGAAGGCCAUGUGAUGAGGAGAAAAAGAGAGACACGAAUGCCAAUCUUGGUUUUCUCCCAAAAGAAAAUAAAAAGUCAAGCGAAAUUAAUUCAGGCUCUAUUUUCCCAAUUUUAGCUGGUUUUUCAAACUGCUUUGAAUUUCAAAGGAACAGACCCGUGUCCUACGUGGAAUCUUUAAAAGAAGGAAGUAAGGCUUCUAAACCGGGGGUGAACCAAAUGCUUGGGCCAGUUUGCUUUUUGCCCUCACGUGAUAACUUAAAUAACACGUGCGGGGUUGUGGGGGAAUUGAUGGGGAACGCUGUCGUCCCCAUCGAUCCCUAACAGCAAAUCCUCUGGGAAACAACUGCAUUUACAGUGAGCUAGUCGACUUCCUUCAAUGCAAGAAAAGCCCAAUCCUAGGUACGCAAGAUCAAAGGAAAUGCAGGGGUGAAGAAGACGACAGUCGGUGGAUAAACUAUGAAGUUUCUGAUGAGGAUAGCCUUUUCGAUGAAGAAUCCAGUAUAGGAAGUGUGGACGGGACUAUCCAAGUUUGCUUGGAGGGUGAAGAGAAUUUGUGCAUUGGUGAUUUGUUCACGGCAGAAAGGGUCAGCGAGACUCAGUUUCAAGAGAGUUCUGUUGUUAAAGCCGUUGAGCAGGUUAUGCAGGGGGAGAAAGAAUUCCGUGAAAACCUUAGUGGUCAGAUGGAAAUAAUGUUGGAAGGGCAAGUGCAAAAUGGUGUUAGCUUAACAAAUCAUGCCCGAGAUCAGCAAGGGUCAUCCUGUUUACAAAAGAGUGUAGACUUCUCUCUGUCGAGCAACAAAAGUUGGAAGAGCAGAGGAUGAAUGUACAGGGGAACUAUAGGACUAUGGAGGAGUCUCCUCCAAGGGGCACAGAAUCAAGAGCUGAAAUGUUUAUGGUAGCCAUGGAUCACAUUCAACCAGAAAAACCUGAUGUCUCGAUGGGCGACCAUGAUCUGAAACAGGGAGAUAAAGAACCUGAAAAUCCCCCUUGUGUUGUGUCUGCGCCUACUUUGUGUCCUGGAUGCUAUGAGGACCUCAUAAUCCCUGUGACAAACUUUCACAAUGAAGAUAAGGGCUUCAUGGUAUUAGCUGGUGAUGUUUUUGAUGUCCCUAUUAGGAAGGACAUUGUUCACCGUGUUGUACGAUGGCAGCUUGCGAAACGACAGCAGGGAACACAUUCAACAAAAACUAUUAGUGAAGUUAGUGGGACUGGAAAAAAGCCAUGGCGACAGAAGGGCACUGGACGAGCAAGGCACGGAACAUUGCGUGGGCCUCAGUUUAGGCAUGGUGCCACUAUGCAUGGUCCUAAGCCACGAACUCAUGCAAUCAAGCUGCAGAAGAAAGUUCGCCGUUUAGGGCUGAAAAUCGCUUUGUCAGCCCGUAUAGUUGAAGGAAAGCUUCUGGUUUUCGAGGAUUUGGAGGUCCCAACCCACAAGACCAAGAAUAUUGUGAAUUAUGUCUCACAAAUAGAGAACACCAAGAAACUUUUGCUGGUGGAUGGCGGUCCAAUAAAUGAAAAACUCAAAUUAGCUACACAGAAUCUUCACUACGUCAACGUUCUUCCUUCAAUCGGUUUGAAUGUCUACAGUAUCCUGUUGCACGACACUCUUGUAAUGACACGGGAUGCUGUUAAUAGGAUCGUUGAGCGGAUGCAUACUCCAAUUAACCGCUGAAGCAAUAACAAACAAACUGGAGAGCGAGGAGGAAUUUUUGUAUUUAUUUAAUCCUUUCUUAGUAGGAGAGUAGCAAACGCAAGAGAGAACAUCCCCCCUCCCCCUUUUUUUUUCGUUUUUUUUUCUACUUUUUUAUGCAUGUCUUCAAGUCUUAUUUAUCAUUUUCGAUGAAAUGCAUGCCUGUAGGUCAGACUUGAAAAGAAUUCCGGUAUCCAUACACAUGGUGGAAGAGGUACUACGAGACUGUCUAAUGCUUGUGAAUUGUGAUGUUAUCCUGAGGUCCAUUAUGGUAGCUAGUUUUUCAUUUGGUCUGUUC